UCUAGCAUAAUAUUGCCGAGCCGUGCAGGGGCAUUAUGCUAAGAAUAUGUGGUAUCGUAAGUUCAUUGUAAUCUUCGAUAUAUAUAAAAAAAAAAAUCGUACAAUUUUUCGGGCGUAACAACAACACUCACUUUUGUAUUCUAACAUGUCAUUUAACUUUAAGGGGGGAUAAAAAAAAUUUAAUACAAUAGCCGAGUUUCAUGCACGAGAUUAUUUUUAAUGUCGUUAAUUUGCGUGGAUAAUUAAUCGAUUUUUUUUUUUUAAUUUAUCUUGAAAAAAACGUUUUGAGUGUCGAACAACAAGUAAAUAUCUCGACUUAUGAAUACAAAGAUAUCAUAUCGUUUAAGUGAUUCGAUUUAUAUUUUUUAUAUUUAUAUUUUAAACGAACGUUGUUUCGAUGCAGUUGCGCUUUGAUAUCCGCCGCGUUAAUUAGAUUUAUCUUCAAAAUAUGCGGGUGGCAGUGGUAGGCGCCGGUGUGAUCGGCGUAACAAGUGCGUUUGCGGUGAAAAGCGUUUUUCCACAAUUCGAAGUGCAUAUAUUUGCGGAUAAAUUGUCACCGAAUACCACUGGCGAAGGAAGCGCCGGUCUUUGGACUCCUUAUCUUCUCGGGAUCACUCCUUACAAUAAAAUAUCACAAUGGGCUGGAAUUACGCAUCGAUUGUUGGAAAAAUUUUGGAAAGCGGGCUUAGCAUCUGAUAUCGGGCUUUCCUUGCUACCGAUAUAUCGCGUUACCAAUAAUCCUGAUGGAUUUCCCGAUUUGAGUUGGACCAAAUUGGUAUACGGUGCGCACAAGCUAAAUUCGAACGAAUUGAAAGAGUUGAAUACCGAAUGCAAUGCCAAUUAUAAACAUGCGUGGAUGUUCUUGACGUAUACUUGCGAACCUAUUCGUAUGUUGCCUUGGUUAACGAAACGAUUUCUCGAAGCGGGCGGAGAAGUUCGAAAAAGAAAAAUACAUACGCUAUGCGAAUUGAUCGAUGAUGGAUACGAUUUGAUAAUAAAUUGCAGCGGCUUUGGUGCACGUGAACUCGUGGGUGAUAAUGCGGUUAUAUCUAUCAGAGGUCAAGUUGCUAGGGUGACAGCAUCCUGGAUAAUGCACGGAUAUUUGGAAGAAGACGAGCAUGGAAAUUACAUAAUACCAAAUAUCGAUAACGUGGUAUUGGGCGGUACGCAUCAAGAAAAUGAUUUGGAUUGCACUCCGCGGAAAGAGGAUUUCGAAUUUAUUCACAAUGGUUGUUGUCGAAUUUUGCCCGCUCUAAAGAAUGCGAAAAUAACAAAAAAUUGGGCUGGUCUUAGACCUGGAAGAUACGAAGUUCGCAUCGAGACUGAAGUUUGCCGUUCUUCCAACGGGAGACAAGUUACGAUAAUUCAUAAUUAUGGACACGGAGGAAGCGGCGUGACGUUAAGUUGGGGAUGUGCUUUAAAUAUUGUGAAGAUUAUAAAGGAUAUGACAAGGUUGAAAUCGAAUCUGUAAAAAUCUUAAAGAAAGAUAAGCAAUAGAGAAUAACAAAAUUUUUUUAUCGAAUAUGGUUUUUUUUAUAUGUUUUUAUCGUACAACGAAAUUUUAUUUGUGAUUGACCUAUUCGUUUCGUAUAUAUAUACAAAUAUAU